AUGACUCAACGCGAGCUGAGAUUCCCUCAUUUCUUAGUUCUCACUUACCUCACCAAACCCUAACCCCAAAACCAGAGGCCUCUUCUCUUCUCCUCCCUCUAUUGCUGCUACAUUUCCAGGCGUCGGAGUCAAAGCCUCAACGGCUCAACACCGGCCGGGACCAGUACUAUUCCGGCAAUCGAUUAUGGGCCUCAGAAUGUUGGCUGGGAGCACCGAGGAAGAUGAAGACGAAGCCCAGAUACAGACCAUUUCCGAGAUGAUGGCGAUCCUGGGGAAGGGCUUCGAUGGAGUCGGAGAGGCUUUCUUAGCCUCCGGAGCGGAGCUUCACCGAGAGUUUGAGGAUCUGAGCAAAGAGUACGCAGCGCUCGAAGAAAUGCGCAAUCUUGAGCUGCUGGUAGUGGAGAGCGAGUACAGAGAACUCGACGAGAAGCACCGAGUCGCUCAUCUGGAGAUGAUUAAGGUCUCGAAGAAGUUUGCAGCGCUGGAGAGGAAGUACAAAUUCGAGUUGCUGAAAACUUUUGAGGCCAAGGAGAAGUGCGCAGGGCUUGAGGUGAAGAUCGAAUCGGAGGUCCGGGAGAAGCAAAGAGCGGAGGAGAAGUGUAGAGAGGUCGAGAAGAAACACGCAUUCGAGGUUUCGGAGAAUGCGAAACUGCAGAAGAAUCAUGCGUUUCUCUGGGACAAUUACCAAUUCGAGAGGAUGGAGAGGCUCAGGAUUGAGGAGAGGUGCAAUGCAGUGGAGCAGAAGCACGAGUUGGAGGUUUCGGAGAAGCGAGGAGUUGAGGAGAAGUAUGCAGAGUUGGAGGAGAGGUAUGAAUUGGAGCGGCUGGAUAGGCUUAAUGUGGAGCAUGAGUAUAAAGUGCUUGAUGAGAAACACCAGUUGUUGGUUGAAGAGAAGCGAAAAGUCGAGAAGGAGUGUGCAGAGUUGGAGGGAAAGAAUGAGAUACUGGUGCUGGAGAAGCUCAAUGCUGAGGAUGAGUGUAAAGUGCUUGAAGCAAAGAAGGGGUUAGAGGUUGAAGGAAGGCGAAAAGUCGAGAAGGAGUAUGCAGAGCUAUGGGAAAGGCACAAAUUGGAUCUGCUGGAAAAGGUCAGGAUUGAGAUAAUGUACAAAGAACUAGAGCAAAAACACCACAAAGUUGAGGAGGAGUAUAAAGAACUUGGUGAAAAGGUUAAAAAUGAGGAGGAGUACUGUAAAGAAGUUGCUGAAAAGUACCCGUUUGAGGUUAUGGAAAAGCAAAAAGUUGAGGAGAAGUAUAACGCUUUGGUGGAGAAAUACAGAGUUGAUAUGCUGGAAAUCCUGAAGGAAUAUAGUGAACUUCAGGAAAAGCUCCAGUUUCAGCAGCAGGAAAAUCUCAAAAUUAAGAGGAAGUGUGAAGUGCUCGAGGAAAAGAUAGAAUUUGAGCGGCUGCUCAGAGCUCAGGAGUCGGAAGAAAGAGAGGAAAAGGUCAAGUCUGAUAAAAAAUAUGCAGCUCUUCAGGAAAAGUAUGAAUUUGAGAUGCUGGAAAACCUUAAAAUUCAGAAUGAGUAUAAGGAACUUGUAGAAAACCACCGAUUGGAGAUACUUGCAAAGAUCAAUGCUGAAAACGAGCUUGAGGAAUGCAAGGCCCGACUCGAGGGAUUGAAGGAACAGCAAACUGUUGCCAAUGAGAGGUAUGAGAGGCUUCUGGAGGAGGUGAAGAAGGGAAGGAAAGCCGAGGAUAAAGAGGUGAUUUUUGAAUGCCGAAGGGGGAACAAUAACUUCAAGAGCCAAAACACGAUGCAUAAGGAAAUGUUUGAGCUACAGGCUUCAGGGUUGGAUAAAUUGAUGGAUGCGAAGAGUUUGGAUUCAAGAAACAAAGAAAAGAGCUUUGACCAUGUCACAGAUUUAGAGGAUGUCCCUGAUUCUAUGCCAGCAAGAGCGGUCUCUCCUCGAAAUGGAGGUUUGCAAUCUUCAGGACAUUGUCUUCUCAUUAACGAUAGCGAUGAUGAUUGUGCUCUUGUAGAAAAGAAGCGGAUGGGGUUCAAAAGAAAACGAGAUUCAUCUCCAAAUACUAGUAGCAUUGACUGUGGUGACAAUUUGGAACAGGAUACUAUUCCAACCACUGAGAUGAAGCAUCACCAGAAGCUAAGCCGCUGUGGCUCUCUGGCUAAUUAUUUCUCAGAAACGUUUGCUUCUUCUGCUGUUAGUGACUAUGGAAAACAAAAUAAAUCAGCAAGUCAUGCGCACAUAAUCUUAGGAUUAACCAUAGAAAAAGCAAGGGGAACACAGAAGUCGCCUAUUGAGUCUCCUGCAAUGGCCAGUAAUAAUGCGCCUAUUGAUUGUGAUAGUGAUGACAGUUCUACAUCCAUUUUCAGUUCUGAUGACUCUGAGGAUGAAGAUGGAAUUCAAUCUAUGUUGAGUGCUAUAGUUUAAAAGGCUAAAGCAUGAGAGGGGAACAGUUUGGUUGAGCUGAUGAGGAUCAACAAAGGGAGUGUAUAUCGUUCUGUCAAGGUGUCGUACUUAGGCCUUUUUUUUUUUUUUUUUUUACUGCAACUACUCUCAGCAGAUUGUGGGAGGCAUCGUUCUUCUGAAGUUGUUAAGUUGAAUGCACCCCUACUGUUUGAGAAGCAUGCUGAUAGCAGAUGAUAUUUUGAAAGUCUGCAAAUUCCUAAACUUGUUGCAGAGUUUUCUGUAGAUAGUUAAAUGCGCAAUAGAGAAGUAGAGCCUGAUUCCUGCCAACUAUGAAACCUGUGACGUUACGGUAAUGUAACUAUUGUUGAUAUGAAGGUAUUAGAAUGCAAAAGUGGGCAGUGCCGUAGUUUCUCUGUCUUUAUUUC